AUGAAGCGCUACAUGUUCGGAAAAUAUCGUUUGCGUGUUCCGCGUUUUAUGGAAGACGAGAGGGUUCACCGAUAUUCCGUUGCCUACUUUGUAUGCGGAAGCCUACGAUCCAGACACUGCUACUCCAGCGGCCGAAGCGAAAAAGGAGAGUACUGGUUCGUCGGAAAGCAAGAAGCGAGGGUUUUUACGACCUCGUCGCCGGAACGGUGCUUGCACGGAGUGGUCUGGAGUCCCCUGGUCAAAACACAAGUGCUACACACCGUGACACUGCUGGUGUCCGGGGUACGCGACCCGUCCGCGUUAUACUUUAUUUUAUCCCAAAACUGUAUCAAUGCAUUGAUUGCCUGUAUUUUACCGCCAGCACUGGAGACCACACCACCACUCUACGUUGGCCUCAUUAAUCUGGGUAUAUCACCACCCCAGCUCUUUCCUUUCUUGGCAGUCCACGAACCCACGAACGAUCACGUCCAUUUUCCGCUCUCUUCCGUGACACUUGACACGGCCACGAGCGCGUGCGCGUACGCUCAGUCCAAUGCCUACGUAUACUUUACCUGUCUUAAUCUGAUUGUCGACUUUUUGCAAAAUCAGUACGCACCUAUCCGGGAAUGGAUCCGUGGAGCGGAACGAGAACAAUGUCUCUUAGCCAGUCACCUGGCCGCGUUGCUCCGACGGAUGUAUCAAAGGAUUGCCAAUCUUGCAAGCGGACCAGUCGUGGACGACGUGCGCAGUAACGCCGUCGUUAGCCAAUUGACAGUGAACGGCCUACACGAAGAAAUUGACGCCCUGAACGACGUCUUUUUUUGCGGCAUUCAAGGAUUGAAUGUUCGGCUUUGCGAAGAUUUCCUGCAGACGGUCGUUUUUGUACUUUUUUGUCUGGACUGUUACCAUCACAAGAAGGCAAAGUCUUUGAUGGUUGGAAUUGUGGAUGCCAAUGUCAUCCCCGAGAAGGAAGCGCAGGCUCAAGUUACGGUGUCCUUCUCUUGUGAGGUGGUUCUUACAGUUAGAGGCAACGUAUUGAUUGAUUGA